GCUGACAGUAAUGACACUAGUUACUGAGUACAGCAGUUUUCCCACUGAAGCUGAAACACAAAGGCUUUGAUGCAUCACAUUUGGCACUUGUAAUGCUUGUCUUAAAAUAACAGUUUGUCCCCGGCGACCAUCUAUGAACAGCGUUAUCAUUUAUAAGAGGAGGCGCAAUGAAUGAGUAUGAAGAAAACAGACCACUGUUGGUCAAUGAUGAACAAACAGAAGAGGACAGCUCAGAGCAAGACGCAUACCUGGACAAAGUUAAGAAUGGAAAGCUGUUCAUGGCCACAUUCGCAGCGGUUCUGGGACCACUUAGUUUUGGGUUUGUGCUGGGCUACAGCUCUCCUGCCAUCCCUGAACUCCGCAGAAUCCAAGAUCCGAGACUGCAGCUCAGCGAAGAGGAAGCUUCUUGGUUCGGGUCUGUGGUGACCAUUGGUGCGGCUCUUGGGGGUCUUUUGGGAGGAUGGAUUGUGGAGAGGAUUGGACGGAAGCUGAGCCUUAUGUUUUGUGCAAUACCAUUCAUCUUUGGGUUUACCACCAUUAUCGCUGCUCAGAACCACUGGAUGUUCUAUGUGGGCAGAGUGCUCACCGGUUUGGCCAGUGGAGUGACCUCUCUAGUUGUACCACUUUACAUCUCUGAAAUGGCUCAUGAGCGUGUUAGGGGAACUUUGGGAUCCUGUGUUCAGCUUAUGGUUGUGAUAGGCAUUAUGGGUGCUUAUAUAACAGGUUUGUUUCUGGACUGGCGAUGGUUAGCAGUGGCAUCAUCUAUUCCUCCCACACUCAUGCUGCUGUCCAUGUGCUUCAUGCCGGAGACGCCACGAUUUCUGCUCUGCCAAGGAAAACGGCGAGAAGCAGAGGAUGUCCUGCGCUUCCUCAGGGGUCCCGAUGCUCCCGCCGAGUGGGAAUGCGCUAGAAUAGAAGAGGCCUACAAAAAUGAAGAGCAAAGCUUCAGUCUGGGGGAUCUGAAGGACCCUGGUGUCUAUAAACCUUUGGGCAUUGGCGUUAUGAUGAUGCUCCUCCAGCAGUUUACCGGCAUCAACGCCAUCAUGUUUUACGCAGAGACCAUCUUCGAGCAGGCCCAUUUCAAAAGCAGUGAUGUGGCCACUGUUAUCGUCGCAGCCACACAGGUGGUCUUCACUGCAAUUGCUGCUCUUAUCAUGGACAAGGCCGGGCGGAAAGUUCUUCUCAUUUUGUCUGGUGUCGUCAUGUGUGUUAGCGAAGCAGUGUUUGGAGUGUACUUCAAGCUGACUGUGAUGAAGCCCAAUAACUCCUCACUGACCAGUGCACUAACAGACGCCCAGGGUCUUCUGGAAGAUCAGCCCUCUGCAGACCUGGCCUGGUUGGCUGUGGGAAGCAUGGGCUUUUUCAUUGCAGGAUUUGCUAUCGGUUGGGGUCCUACUCCGUGGCUGGUGAUGUCGGAGAUUUUCCCCACACGUGUGAGGGGAUUGGGCAGUGCUCUGUGUGUGCUUACUAACUGGACCUGUGCCUUCAUUGUCACCAAGACCUUCCAGAAUCUGAUGGUUGCUCUGAGCAGCGCGGGGACAUUUUGGAUGUUCUCAGCACUGUGUGCUUCUAAUGUCGUCUUCACUGCUUUCUUUGUCCCUGAGACCAAAGGCAAAACUCUGGAGGAGAUUCAAGCCGGUUUUAAAGGGACUCGCAUGCGCUAGAUGACACUUCUCCUCAGCGUCAAAACCAAAAUAUUGAACAAAACAACUUCGACAUGUUGAAGAAUCUUAUUUUAGAAUAUUGCAAAUGUUUACAUGGAAAAUAUGUAUAUUUUGUCUACUUUUUCUGUCAUCUUAAUGUGAUUUAUCUUUGAAUUAAGAGUUUUUAACAUUACUUUUGAACAUAUUGUUACUUUUGGUACACACGUCAUGAAUUAGUGUCUCAUUUUUAACUUGUUUGCAGGUCAUAUGAAUGUGAAGGUCUCCAUAUAAAUACACGAACAGCUACUCAUUUGUCAAGUUUGUAUAAGCUUUAGAUCAAUCGGUUUUUCUAUUUCAUCAUUCUCAGCUUCCAAACAUAGAUUUUAAAUAUUUUUAAGCUGAGAUUUUCAAACUCCAUAGGUUAUAAUGUUGUAAAAUGUGCAUUCAAUGAACUGCUGUGGUUACUGAAUACAUUUUCUGACCUCACUUGUUUACUUUGUGUAUGAAAAAGUUGCCAUAUUAAUACUAAUUCAGUAAACAUACAUGAUAACUGUACAACUCUUCACUGUGUUCUCUAUUAUGGGCAAAAUAAGACUGUCAAAAGUAAAUGCAUUACUUUGAAUUGUGAUAUUGAAUCAUUACUGUAUGAUGCAUUGUUUUGUAUCAUAGAUAUUAACACUAGAUGUUGCCUACUCUAUUAUUGUCUAUUAGAAGGAAUGCAUCAAUAGAGCCGCCAUUUUAGUACAGGGUAGCACUCCUUUGAAUGAAUGUGGGACCAAGGUGCAGUGGAGGACUGUGGCCAUCCAGAGCCAGAGAUAUAUAUACACACACAUAGAUCUAUGAUCGGGAGUGGUCAGUAUGCAAACAUUUUUUUAAAUUACGAAAAUUAUAAUUUUACAUCACUUUUCUACAUCAAUUGAUAAGUGACCGCAUUGGCGACAAAGUGUGUGUUUGUCCGCAUGGAAAUGUAUUAUCCUCCCUCCCUGUUAAAGUUGAUCUAAUCCAUGUCCUGAAACACACCCCCUCUCCUGCUUUCACUUCUAAUGCUAACGGAGGGAGCGAUUAGUUUGUGAAUGAAUCCCCUUUAUGAACAACUCAUUCGCUUAGCUGACAGUAACACAAGUUUCUAGCACCGCAGCAUCUUGUCAUGUUUCAUUUACAUAGUUUGCUUAUUUUAUUCAUCAAAACUAGCAUAAGCCGAGAAUUUAGUGCAAGUUGGUGCUACUUUGCUUUAUGGUCAGUGCAGUAAGAGACUGUAUUAUCAUCAACACUUGUUUAGCACAAAAGUUCGUAACAUACAAAAACGUAAAAAACGAAAUCUUACCUAUGUUGUUCUGUCUUUGUGCUAGGUUUUCUUUGUUUGCUUAUUACUACACCCGUACACAGCGCUGAAGUCCAGCAUCUUCACUUUGGCUUUGACAUCUGAACACUAUGACAUUUGUCCUGGGAGCACUGUACCAAUGUGGCGGCGCUAUUGAUGAAUGCUCAGGGUCCGUAUGCGAUAUCUAGUGUGUAUAUCUAUGGUUUUGUAUUAAUUAAAAGAUGGACCAUUAAAAUGCCAAAAAAUGUGAUAUGCUGUUUUUAAUUGCAUUAAAAGUAAAUUAGGUGAAAUUGUUUGUCGGAUAUUCUAAAGAGCACAGUUAAACUGAACAAACUCAACCAUGUAAGUAUUUGUCACCUGACUGUUUCUUCCUAAUAAAAUGACUUUUAUUAAAUUGA